AUGGUUGGAGGAACUUGGAGAUUGCUUAUAAAUGAUGGAAAUCACAAUCAUGAUUUUCCUGCAUAUAAUGUGGGUCGUUCAAUAAUUAGUAGGUUGACUAUGGAUGAGAAGAAUAAAACAAAGGAGAUGACUCGAGCUCAUGUGACUCCUUCACAGAUAUUGGUGUCAAUAAAGAAUGAAAACAAGGAGAACUUAACUAGAGUGAAACAAAUAUACAACUUUCGGCACAAAAUAAGGAACGAAGAAAUGAAUGGUCGAUCAGUUAUGCAACAAACUCUAAAAUAUUUGAAUGAUGAAUCUUAUUUCUAUUGGUAUCGAGCUACACCAGAAAUAGUUGGAUGUGUUCCGACUGGGAAAAAUUUUGUUGUUGGAUUUGCAUUUCUUCAAGAUGAGAAAAGGGAGAGUUUUAAAUGGGCACUUCAGUGUGUGAGAGCUCUCUUUGAUCCUGAUCAUAUGCCAGAAGUUAUUGUUACUGAUAAGGAGUAUGCUUUAAUACACGCGAUUGAUGAUGUAUUUCCCAAGAGUCAUCAUAUGUUGUGUAUACGUCAUAUUGCUAAAAAUGUGGAAGCUAGGGCAAAACUUGAUACUAGGAGUGCUCUAUUUGCGUCAGGAUUUCUUCGCUAUUGGAACAAAAUUGUUUAUGCUGAGACAGAAGCCGAGUAUGAAGCUAAUGUAAUGCAAUUAAAAAAAAAAUUUGCUUCUCAUCCAAAGACAUUGCAGUAUGUUGAAGAUACAUGGUUGAUCCACUCAAAGAAAUUUGUGCAAGCUUAUACGAAAAAGAUGUUUCACUUGGGGAACCGUACCACUAAUAGGGUUGAAAGUGCUCAUAAUGUUUUGAAGAGAUUUUUGAAGACAUCUACAGGGAGUUUGGAUACAAUUUGGAAAAGCUUUGUUAGGUCUGAGAACAUUGAUCUUCAUAUUACUGUUCUACAUCUUCUGAGUCAGUUGAGAGGUAAAGUUUCACAUUUAGCAAUAAGAAAAAUUAAUGAGGAAUAUGGUCGACAUAAAGUAGGAACUGACCCUGCAACUUUUGGAUGUUACUUGCGAACUUUACAUGGUCUCCCAUGCGCACAUGAGAUGAGGUUACUUGAUGGAGAAGGAAAGAGUAUUGAUUUAAAUGGUGUUCAUAUAUUUUGGAGGACACUUCAUAUGGAAGGUUUCAGUACUUCUAAUACACCCAUUGGACCUUACAGUCAAUAUCAGGAUGAUGAUGAAAUAUUAAAAUCUUAUUUUGAAAACAUGAAGAAUCAAGCCCCGGAAGCCAAAAAACAAUAUAUAUUUCAAUUGGAGAAGAUAAUACACCCUGAAUCAGUUCCAUUGGAAGAGCCUGUUCCUAAUCGUGCUACUCAACAACCUUCAUCGAGUAAUAAAAGAAAAUCUCGUUCCACUAAAAAUCCUACAAGGGAAGAUCUUAUACCUGCUGAGAUUCCAGUUCAUCUGGUACCGUUUAUCUAUGAAUAUAAAAAUGUAGGUGCAGAUUGUAAUUGUGGUUAUAGAUUAGUGGCACAUCAAAUUUAUGGGUCCGAAGACCAGUGGAGAAGACUUGAUCAUAGUAAAAAUGGUGACAAGAAAUGGAAGCUCGAGUUUAUUCUUUGGAAUAUGAUUGAUUACGCUUUUUGA